CGAGUGAAUAAUUAUAUUGCCAGUUAAAGGAUAUAAUGAGGGAAUGAGAAGCGCUGUCUCUAAUUUGUAUCCUGAAGAAGUAAAAAGAGAAUGUGUGUCUUUGAAAGAAAACAGAAGCAUUCUGAUUUUCUAAGGAUCUUUUUUUUUUUUUUUUUUUUUUUUUUUUUUAUUUCGUGGGAAUACAAAGCAGCCACACAUCAACAUAGUUUCUAUAUAAGCUUUCCCAGGAUGUUGAGAAUAGAUGGUUCUAAGAUUUUUGUCUUGUCUUAUUAAAACAUUUAUUUCAUUGAAGUCUCACAAACAUUUCUAGAAGUGAACACAGAGGUUUGUGAGGCUGAGGUUAUGGGUAUAUAGAGAUAAGGAUAACAUUCUUAUCUGUUCUGUAAAAGGAUGAAUUGAUAUUAAGUAAUAAGAACAAGAAUGACUUUACAGUACAAGUGAUUUCUAUUUGUACUAAUAUGGGUUGGAGAUUUAGGACAUCUUCUGCAUAUUAGAGAAUACACAGAGUUAAAAAUGUCAGAUUAAAAUAUUAGUAAUAUCUUCUUCCUUUAAGUGGUAAAACCAAACUCUAUUUUUAUGGAGCCCUACCAAAUAUAAAUGCCAUAAGGUAUCCUGCAGGGUAGCAAAAUAAUGAAUUAGAGUGCCUUGCCUAUACCUUGAUUUCUUGUGAAAGGGGCAUGUAUUUUAUUUCAUUUCAUCUUUUAUGUUGCUUGUGCAGCUGAAAUUAUCAGAGGUCUGAAAGACUACUUGACAUUGAACCUAAGGGGUACAAAUAUAAUUCAUCCUCUAGGUACAGUGAAGUUCACUGUGUGACCUCUGAUUACAGGCUUUUUAUUAAAUAGCCAGUAAUUUACCAGUGAAGAAUACCAGUAGUUUGCAUCAUUAUCCUCAAUAAAUACUGGAACUUAAAACAAAAAAAAAAAAAUUGAUCAGAAACAUUAGGAUUAUAAAACUAUUUUUCACUGGUGGGUAUAUUCUUGACCUGUUAUGCUCGUUUUUCCAUGUAGUUAGCACAGAAUCACAGAACGGUUUGGGUUGGAAGGGACAUUAAGGUCCAUCUAGUUCCAACUGCUGCCAUGUUCAGGGACACCUUCCACUAGACUAGGUUGCAUCAUGAAAGGUAAAUUCUAACAUCCUCUUCCUAAUGAACCAGAAUCAGAGCCAUUCCCCAUGGUAUAUGCCGUGUAUUUCAAUUGCUUGCCAUGACAACUGUUGUCAACUCUUCUUACAUGCAGAGUUAAGGUUUUUGGGCUAAAUCUCAGAAUAUACCUCAGUAAAGAGUGGAAUACAAAUAACUUCACUUAUUGCUCUAGGGUCCCUGUCCCUGCUAUUCAAACACUGUCAGAGCUUGUAUCAUAUGAACAGAUCAUUGUCUGAAUGUUUGUUAUCACUCUAAUAUAUAUUCAUCUUAAAAUAAUCUGUUUUGUUGAUGUCCUUAUUAUGGGGUUGAAUUAUAUGAAGAACCUAGUCUAUAUCUUUCUUCCCUCUUCGACCAAUAAAUGAAGGGAUGAAGCCUGCAGUAUAGAACAAUCGAAGUAGUUGUGAGUUGCAACUUAACUAAUGAAAUAGUAAUGAUUCCUCCGUCACCAUACAGAUAAUGAAGUUUCUCCUGUAUCACCUGACAUUUCUUUGGUGACAACAGCUGAUGAUUCCCCUGAAAAAGAUGGUGGACACUAUCCUGCCAGUACUAGUAAGAUUUAUGCAUUCUAAUAACUACAUAAACUAUAGAUUGCAUUAAAACUGCUUUCUUUUUCCAGCAGGGCAUUCUGGUAAGUGGUGAAGUAUAUGUCAUCUCCAGUUUUGGAAAGACAUUGAAAGGCGGUACUUUCCAGACUGGUUCAAUCAGAAACAAACUUCACUCUCUGUGACAAGAGGAGCAAAAAUAUUUACUGUAUAUUUACUUCAGUGCUAAUACAUGAGAUCAGAAUGAUUGUUGUUGUGUGUUUCCUACUGUUCUUUUUAUCAUCCCUGUUUACUCUCUGAGGCACAAAUUAGUGCAAUCAGUUAUUACUUGAAGUCAAUUUAUUUCUGAGGUAGAAAAGGACGUUUUUGUCAAUUUGUGAUGAACAUGUCUGUAUAUUAUUCUAAUAUAUUUAUGGUUGCGAAUGUGGGUAAUCCAUGUCAAAAUCAUGGCCUUGCUUGCCAAAGUAGUGCUUUAACUGGCAGUUCCAAUUGCCAAACCACUUGUGCACUGCAAAAACUAAUUUUGUCCUUUGUUGGCAAUAUGCAUGAGAAAAAAUUGGGGCCUGUGGUGGAUCCACGGGCUCUGAGGGCUAAAAAGAACAGGAACCAUUUUCUCUGCUUUGUCCGUAAGUAGCUGUACUCAGUUGGAAAGUUUCUUCCUGCUUUUUUUUUCCCUCACCAUGGAAGCCUGUGAUAGCGAGGAAUUUGCUUAAUUGUUGGUUGAUUGCUGAUAGAUGGUCAAACGGUCUAUGUGACUUGAAGGGACUGUGCCCUCAUUACUGUAUAUAGAAAUCACAGGAUAAUGUAAGAAUUAUUGUGUGUCUUUCACAGUUAGCAAAAGCUUUACUGAAAGAUAGAAGUCAUUCAGCCAAGCAUCUUGUCUCAGGGAAUGUGAAGAUUAGUAGCACCUUAUAAAUACGUGCCUCUUGGCAGAGGGGUUGGAACUAGAUGGUCUUCAGGUCCUUUCCAACCCAAACUAUUCGAUGACUUUAUGUGGAUGGAAAAAAGAAGUAUCAGGUUGAUUUUCCCCCAGACCUUGAAAGCAAGUAGAGAAUUUUCUGGUGCUUGUUUCAAGUGAAAGGCUUUGCUACGAAGCAUUGCCUGUAAGGGGUAGGGGGGAAAUCCCACCCAGUAACAGUGGGGACUUUGGUUGGCUCUGGUAGUGAUUUUUCCUUCAUAUUUAUUUACUUUUGUAUUCAUGUGUGAAUCAGUGCUUCUAUGUACAGAUGUUUCUGUUCCCAUUGCAAAAACGUGUGCAUUGUUUCUAGGCAGGAAAGCUUUGAGGUUUUAUUUUGCUACUUGAUUAUCAAAUGUAUUGAACCUCAAUAGGUAUGUCCCUAUUGCUAACAAUUCUUUCUCAUGGGCAUGACUAUUUUGCAGAGGGAAAUCUAGAGGUAUUUAAGAUUUUAAAAGAUAAAAAUGACUAUAAAGCUAUGUAAUAAAAGAUGUUAAUACUGAUAGAUGUGUAUUACAGAAGUGCUAGCAUUGGUAUGAUUGCUUAUUGGCUUAGGGUUCGUAAAUUGAUUCUCUGGAAAAAAGGAUUAUGAAGGUACUGCACCUGGGCUUUUCUGAAAGCUUUAGCUAUUACUCAGCAGCAUCACUUUAAAGCCAAUCAGACCCAUUUCAUUUAAUUUUACUUCGUUAGAAAUAAAUCAGUAAUUUAGCACUCCUAUCAGAAGUUAAGUAUAAGCUAUGAAUCUCCAAGAGAAGUCAUCAAAUAUUCAGUAGCAUAGGAGAAAGUUGCAUGAAGAACAAACAAAAAAGAAGAUAAAACAAUGCCCCAAUGUCUGCUAUUUACAUUGAGCAACAGUGGAGGCUCAUUGGAAUAUCCGGACCACAAUUUAAUUUGCCAGAUAAAAGUCACAGAGAGGAACGUAGAAAAUUAAGAAUUAAGUAAAGAAAACUAUUAGGCAUGUAUUUUCAGAUAGACGGCUAAAAUAUAUCUAUCUAAUUCUAUACUGUGUGAAGGUGAGAAACAAUACCAGUGGCACUCCGUCUAUGCUACACAUCAUUUGUAAAUUUAAAUUUGGUGGAAAGGUCUCUAGCUUGGUCAAAACUCUUCUUUGCUAUGGGUUUGAAGUGAGCAAUUGCUACAGCUCCUUGAUCUACAGAUGAUUCCCUUGCAUUGUUACUCUGGCUUUGGACGUUAUUGGUGAUGUUCUCCAUCAAGUUCACAGUCCAGAUUAAUACAUUGCCAGCACUUCGCCACUGGCUUUCUCUCCUGGCUGUAACAAGUUUAUCUCUUUGUUAUUAAGAAGUUAUGAUUCAUCUGUAGAUGUGCCAUGGAUCAAAUGUCAUAAAAUUCUGUUGCUGAUUGAUGAGAUACUUUCCUAAAUUAUCAGAGCUAGUUAAUCAAACACUAACUGCUACUGUUUGUGUUCAUCCAUAUAUAUACACAUUUUUAUACUCCAAAAGGAUUUACCUUUUACUUGAUUCAGAGCAUUCCCUGAAAAACACCUCAUGAAGGAAAAAUGUCUUAUGUCCAUACUUUGGUUGGUCUGACAGGAAAGCAUCUGAAUUGGUAUUUUGUAUAUGCAAGGAAGUCAUGAAUGCAUAUUGAUCACUUAAGAAAAUGAGCUCCUAAGGCUUGUUGUGGAAAGCAGGAAGAGGUGAGAAUUUUGCUGUGAUUAUAACUAGUCAUGACAAUCAUUUACUUACUCAGUUAUUCUCUUUUUAACCAUUUUUUAGGCAUUAUCAUUUUGUUCACAGUUCAAUCCCAAAGCUCCAAAUCUGAGACCACCUGGAUUUUGAUAGUCUGUCACUCAGAUCAGAUUUUGAAUGUCCAGAUAUCCCAUUUUCUGACAAAUAGUACAAGUAGUACUAAGUUUAGGGAGCUAUUAGUGACUGUGAUUAGUAUUUAUUCAGGCAAGAACAGCUUUUUAGAAAGAAAAAAUCUGUUACAUUUUGCUGCCAAAAUAGCUACAUCUUAAAGUUCAAUUCUGAUUUCAAUUCCAUACACCUUGUACACUUUGCAAGUAAGUAAGUGGAACAUAACUACUGAAGACUGAAGAACAUCAGUUUAUCCUCUGAUCAUUAGAACUUUUGUUCCUAGGUCUUGCAUUUUCCAGUGCUUUCAUAUAUUGCACAAAUACUGAUCAAAACUACUGUCCUUGAUGUGAGUGAAGGAAUAUUCCUAAAUUAAUUAUUUAAAGGCUCUGUAUGGAAUUAAAAGAGUACUUUAUAUCUUUUCUUCCUCUUCAAGGUAUGGAGGUAUGAUGGUAUAAAUGCUCUUUAAAAAUAUUGCUUGUGAGGAAUUGCCAGAAUAAAAAUAUUUCCACAGAAACAUUUUGAAGUAGAUUAUGCUUGCUUUUGGUGGAUAUCUGUAUGAUUUGAAGUACAGUUCUUCUAGCAAACUCUGCUUCUCAGUCUAUUGAUGAAUAACUUAUCAGAGAGAAAGGUUAAAAUAUCACCUGGCUUGCCUGAGGGAUUCCUAAGAUGUGCAUGCUUCUAAUAAAUUACAAUGCUUUUUGUCAAAUUACUGGAGCGUAUUUCACAGACAGUAUAUAUUCUGACUGUCAAUCUAAAAAUAUUUCGCAGAAUUUAUUCACUUUAACAGGCUUUCAAACUUCCCUUACAAUAAAGCAUAAGAUAUGUUUGCUGCUGGAUGAAUAUAAUGAUACCACGGGUUCAUUCACUCGCCUUGCACUCACAUCAGUGUCAGUGGGGUGAGCAUGCUCAAGGUGCUGGUGGACUUGACUUUGCUGGAUGAAAAGUGCUUCUCAGGAAGCAAUAAUGAGAUCUUGGUAGAAUGAACCAUGUCCUAACAGCUCCAGGGCCUCAUCGCGACAACCUGGAGAAAGCCACCACCCAAGCUCGGUGGAAUCCGUUCUCAAACCACUGGUGGUGGUCAAAUCCCGGAGAGAAGACGCAAGAACCCACACAAGCAACCAAGGGUAAAGAACAUUGUGCUAAGAGGGUGCUUUGAUUAGGGGCCUGAAUAACCAGAGCACCGGGGCAGCGAGCUCUGGAGGAGUUACGUGGAGGGGUGUUGAAUGUGUGGUCUAUGUCACUGCUUUAUAUUACCAUGUAUGUGAAGUGGGAAAGGGAAAGUACUGGGCUGUAUCUCGCUGACUGUACGUUUGGUAGUGAGAGAGCAGUUGUCCACGUUGUUCAUGUACCGUGGAGGUAGUUGUUUGUGUCUGAAAGGGAUGAGCAUGUGAGUUGUUUUACAAGGGGUGUAGUUGGGUUUUCUCUUUUUGCUGAUUGGAGGCAAUUUAGAAGGUGACUCUUCCAAUGAGAAGGAGCUGUGGGAGAAAGGAAGGAAAUAUUUUCAAGCCACUCUGCUAGCAGAGGGCAGGGUAUGGUUUGUGCAGCGAGCAUGCACAGGGCACCAAAAUGUAGCCCAGAGCCACACCGGGGCAGGUUUGGUGGGAGAAGUGGGAGGAGACCUGGACCGUGGGAAAUAUGGUGCUGUGCACUUUCCUCUGUGAUUGUAAGGACUGCAUGGAGGGCAGAUGGGAAAGCAUAGCUGCGGUCAGCAGGAGACCUUGUGGGUUAGGGCUUCAUGGCAGAUUUAACAUCAUCACAGCAGAUGUGACCUCAAGUGGCAAUGGUUCAGAUGAUGAAGACUCUUCAGAGAUGAGUUACCCAACAGUGUUUCCAGGCUGGGACAGGAGUGUGGCCAAGGACGAGUAUGCUCCAAGUACUAGUAAGGAAAUAGCUUUCACUUGGGUUGAUUUCUUUCUUCUGUUCCCUUCCCUACACGAUAUUCCUCCUCCUUUUCCGCACAUAUAUUGUGUGAAAAUUGGAUGCUCUCCCCAUCAGCCCCUGUUUCAAAGACAUUCCUCAUGCCUUACGAAAAACCUUUUUCCAUCUUGUGGGGUUGGUAUCCUUAGAAGCACCUUCUUCCAGUGCUUCUAGAAUUGAUGUCUCUUAUCGAUUCAUAUUGGAUGUGUGGGUUUCCCUCAUGGCAUUUUUUGUCUCAAGGGGUAGUUCCUCUUUGGAGAGAGUUUUCAGCCGCUAUGUGUCACAAUUACUACUGUUUUCAUGCCAAUACCCAUUUGGUUCGCCUGGCACUGCAGACAGACAAAAAGGCUGUAAAUUCCUGUAAUUCCUCUAUAAAGAAAAAAAUCUCCCUUUCCGUCCUUAAAUGCCUGUCACAAACCUAUAGGAACAUUACUGUUUGAAAUGUGAUGUUAGUAAAUAUUGUGCGCUGGUAUUAGCAUAAGGGUACAGCUCCGCCUCCCUCUCUGUGCACGCUGACACCUACCUGGGAAGGGUUUCUGGUGCAGACUUUGCUGACAGCAUCAGGCCAAUGGGAGCGCAUGUGUCUUUUGAGUGAAAUGGCAUAGUUCUGAGCCCAGGUUCUUGGCAGCAUUGGCUUCCUGGGGUUGUCAGUGGAAGAGAAGGCUUAACUAAUGGGUGUGCUUACCUCUGGGUGUCCUUUUCACCCGCCAUGGAUACUUCUUUUACCUUUUUUACAUCAUGGUAUGUUGUCUUGGUGGAUGUUCCUCAUUCUGGAAUCUAUCUCAGUCUAUCUGCUCUCUGCUAGUGGUAAAGCCUGUGAGGAACGUGUUAACCUUGUAGAAUGUGAAGAGCUAGCAAAGACCCACUGGGCUCUCUAGUGAUUCCUCUCAAGGAGCCACGUUCUUUCUUGGGACUGCCACUAGUGCUUGCAUGUGGCUAGUGUCUGAGGAAUGUAAUGAUACCGCAGGUUCAUACAUUCUCCUUGCACUCACAUCAGUCUCAGUGGGAUGAGCAUGCUCAAGGUGCUGGUGGACUUGACUUUGCUGGAUGAAAAGUGCUUCUCAGGAAGCAAUAAUGAGAUCUUGGUAGAAUGAGCCAUGUCCUAACAGCUCCAGGGCCUCAUCGCGACAACCUGGAGAAAGCCACCACCCAAGCUCGGUGGAAUCCGUUCUCAAACCACUGGUGGUGGUCAAAUCCCGGAGAGAAGACGCAAGAACCCACACAAGCAACCAAGGGUAAAGAACAUUGUGCUAAGAGGGUGCUUUGAUUAGGGGCCUGAAUAACCAGAGCACCGGGGCAGCGAGCUCUGGAGGAGUUACGUGGAGGGGUGUUGAAUGUGUGGUCUAUGUCACUGCUUUAUAUUACCAUGUAUGUGAAGUGGGAAAGGGAAAGUACUGGGCUGUAUCUCGCUGACUGUACGUUUGGUAGUGAGAGAGCAGUUGUCCACGUUGUUCAUGUACCGUGGAGGUAGUUGUUUGUGUCUGAAAGGGAUGAGCAUGUGAGUUGUUUUACAAGGGGUGUAGUUGGGUUUUCUCUUUUUGCUGAUUGGAGGCAAUUUAGAAGGUGACUCUUCCAAUGAGAAGGAGCUGUGGGAGAAAGGAAGGAAAUAUUUUCAAGCCACUCUGCUAGCAGAGGGCAGGGUAUGGUUUGUGCAGCGAGCAUGCACAGGGCACCAAAAUGUAGCCCAGAGCCACACCGGGGCAGGUUUGGUGGGAGAAGUGGGAGGAGACCUGGACCGUGGGAAAUAUGGUGCUGUGCACUUUCCUCUGUGAUUGUAAGGACUGCAUGGAGGGCAGAUGGGAAAGCAUAGCUGCGGUCAGCAGGAGACCUUGUGGGUUAGGGCUUCAUGGCAGAUUUAACAUCAUCACAGCAGAUGUGACCUCAAGUGGCAAUGGUUCAGAUGAUGAAGACUCUUCAGAGAUGAGUUACCCAACAGUGUUUCCAGGCUGGGACAGGAGUGUGGCCAAGGACGAGUAUGCUCCAAGUACUAGUAAGGAAAUAGCUUUCACUUGGGUUGAUUUCUUUCUUCUUUUCCCUUCCCUACACGAUGUUCCUCCUCCUUUUCCGCACAUAUAUUGUGUGAAAAUUGGAUGCUCUUCUCCUCAACUGUUCCUUUAGAAAUGUCUUUGUAAUUGGAAGAUCUUAAUUUUCCAGUAAAAGAUUUUUGGGGUUUUUUUUCCCCAGUUUUUUUUCUUUUUUUGGGUACAAUGUGUUAAAAUUAUUCCAGUUCGUGUUGUUUAUAAUCUACAUCUAUACAAUUGUAACUUCCUGUCUGUGGAAGAUGAUGUUCAGGCAUGAUGAGGCGGCUAAACCUCAAGUGCCCUUUUCAUUGGGGAGUGUCAACAAAACAGUCUCAUAGCUGUUACCUUCCAUGUUUACCAUGCAGUGUUCUACACCAUGUCAUCUGUUUUGUGACCUCAGAUGUUUCGGGGUGAUCUGAUAAUAGAACUCAGAUAUUUUAACACUUAGUCUGAUUUUCCUGAUAUGAAUAGUUGCACCGUGACCAUCCGGUAGCUCUUUUUUAACUAAAAAAGCUAUCCAUACUUUAAAUAAUUUUGUCUUGAAACCUGUAAACCACUACGUAUGAGGAUCAAAUCCAAAUGCUCUGUUUCAUUGAAGCACAUGGUCUGUUACUUGGCCUUAUGACCAGGGAACAGCACCCAGCCCUGGGUUGGUUUUAUUUUCAGUAAAGGUGUUUCCAUUACUGACUAUACUCUAGUGCUCUUAUUUGUACAAAGGUAACAACCUAUUCCCUUUUUGUAAUUUAAUUUGAUUUAAUUUGAGCAUAUCUUUGUGUCUUUUGCCUGUGCACUUAUUUACUCAGUAGUGUUUAUAAAUCAGUGUUUAUAAGCUUUUUUUUUUUUUUUUAAUUCCUCUGAAUAUUGUGGAGUAUUUGUUGGGGUUUUUUUCAGCAGUGGUCUUUAUUUUUAGAAGAAAAUAGAAAAUAAGCAAGUCGUCUCACUUUGGGAUUUUUUAUUCUUUUCCCUAAUUUGAGGGCAUUUCUGAUGUUUGUUUAUCUUUGAAAUGCUGCACUGGUGACUUGCUCCACAUGGCAUAUUGUAUUCCAACUACCUUCUAUGGCCUAGUGGUUUCUGCAUGCUCAAUGGGUGAAAAUGUAUUGAGUCUCUGAUCAUAGACUCUUGUGGAAGUUUUAUUUUAUCUAUUCAAUUGUAUUACAACUUUCUUGACUAAAAUUGGCUUCCUGGUGGCUGUGCUUUGGGGUUUUUUGCUAACCAUAGCAUUUGAGCUCAGUGGUGAGUAUUCUAACAUGAAUUUGAGCACUUUUUGAGUACUCAGCAUGUAUUCAGACAUGUACCAUACCUUUAGGUCUAGCAUUAUUCUUCAAACUUUAGUUUGAAAGUCUAUAAUUGCUGUAAUGUCUUUGCACUCUUUCUGGUAUGCAUUAGUCUGCUAUUGCUUGUUUUCCCCAUUCUUUUCUGGAAACUUCGCAUCUGUCCAAUGCAAAGAGAAGAACAAUUUGUUUGAUGUAAAGGGAUUUGAUAAGAAGCUACUAUAGUUAAGCUGUGCAUGAAUUUCUGUUCUCCAUCACCUUUAUCGCACACACUAACAGUAGAGUAAUAGUGGUAGAUGGGGAGCAUGGCCAGUGUUGAAUACCCCACUGUCCUGACAGCUAUGGACUCACAACACGAAACACUUCGAGAAAUCUCCACACAAGAUCACUGGAACCCUGUUCAUACAGAUGAAGAGGAGCAGUAUCUUAACUCUGCUGGCAGGGGUAAAGCAAUUAAGCAUUUCAGAUAAUAUUCAGAUUUGUGACAUAAUUCAGUGAAGUAUAACACUGUUACGGUGCAGCUGGUUGUAAUUCCCAUCCCAUUAACCUCAGUUCAGUAUAAUACCUUUAUAUUAUUUAUACUAGAGCCCUCAGAGGUAGCAUCUAUAACAUUCAUCUGUCAUUCCAAGUCUAUCUUUGCAUCUAAUCUUCGUUACUUGCAGAAAACCUUCUUAUCCCUCUAUAAAAGCAAACAUUUUCUACCUCCUGUGGAUUUAGACAUUCUUUGGAUUUCUACAAUUUGCCGUUAACAGCUAGAUACUUGUCUUUCUGAGAUUGUUUUGAACAGCGAAAGUUUACACAGGUUUACACAGUAUAGAACAGGCACUAUAAUCACUUAUCACCCAGAAAAAAUUUUUGUGAUAACUUUCUUUUAGUUCUGAAGUACUGUUAAUCAGUUAGUAUUUAUACAUUAGUUGAAAUUAACUUUGGUUUUUUUUACAAGACAAUCUAUAGGUGUUUGGUUUAAUUACAAAAAUAAUGAAUUACAUUUGCAUGAGUGCCCUCUUUAUGAAUAUUUCGUUGCCUGAAUGUGAAGAUAAAUGUUCCUUCAGCUUUGUUCUCUUUGGGAAAUAACAGAGGUUUCUCUAGAUGGUGACUUAUGUCAUAUGCACUAGGUCCAUCUUAUUCUUUGUUCUUUGCGUGCUCUGAUUAAGAACCUUUUGCUUUAUCGUUAAUAUAUCUCUCAUGGAAACAUCCGAUAUCUCAGGCAAAUAUAUUUCAAACUGAGUUCUAAUGCUUAUUUUAGUGUUAUAGGUAAUUUUUUUUCUGUAUCUUUCCUAAGCCUUUCAAUGCUUAUUAGAAAAUCUCUUAUGGUGGUGGUGCUUCAAGUGAUUUCUGACUGCAUCUUCUGCUAUGUAAACAUCAGGAAAUUAAAGAGUGAGCAAUGAAUUUAUUUUAUUAGUAAGAGCUUGAAUUAUUACUGAGUUCAAAACAAGUAUGCUUUUCAACUUUGAAUAGAUAAACAUACUUAUUUUACUCAUGCAGCCCCAGAAGAAAUGACAAUUUCAUUGGAGCCAGCCUUGUAAUUCUAUAAUUAGAUAUUAACUCAAAAGAGAAAUAAUCUUUUUUUACUUUUAAAAACACAGAAUACACAGGCUCAACAGUUAAGUUAGUAUGAAUAAUUAUGAACUAGAGAUGCAAGCUCUUGUUGCUUUAUGUUCUUUCACUGCUUCUCCUAUAGCUUUUCUCUGCCAUUGGUCAUUGGGAUACUUUCUAGCACACUUAAAUCUUCUUCUGAUCUUGGUGAUGCUUUUGUGUGAUAGGGUUUCCAAAGGACUUCCUUUUUCUUUCACCUUUAUUUCACAUUGAAUGCAACAAUGGAAGGAAAAAGACAAAACACAAAAGCCAAGCACCCUUCUUGUGUAGACAAUGAAGAUGAGAAUAAUAGGACUCGUGUUGGGUGUUUUGAUCAUUACUGAUUUAAUCAUCAUCUUAUCAACACUAGUUACAAGUGAAAAUGAAAAACAUCAAGGACCAACCCAACAUCCACUAUUACACAGUGUUCAUUCUGGAUGGAUCAGUCAAGAACAAAAUCCUGCAAAUACCACUGGGAGUAUUAAACAACAUGAAAUUACUGUUGCAGGUGAAAAUUAUAUUGAAAAGGAAUCUUCUCAUACAGGUAACAUCACAAGUCACAUUUUCGUAAAUUAUGAGGGUUUACUAAAGGUUUAGGUUUAGGAUUUUUUUAUUUUUUUUUUACUAACAAUUUUACAUUCUGAGGCCAUAACAGAGGGUCUGUGAAUAAACUUGAGCAAUUCUAAUGUUUGCUGGGGCUUUUUUUUAAUUUUUCUACAGACCUUUUCCUGGAGGUUUGCUUUCUCUCCUAUUUGGAUUGUGUGUCAAGACCUAUAUUAACUAAUUAAGAUUAAUUCUGUAACUGUCUCUUACCUUGUGUGUUCUGUGUUAUGCAGGCACAAGGUUUUAACAGGCUAUCUACCAGGGUUGUAUCUGUAGGAAAUAGUGAAUGUUUAAACAGAAAAAGAAUAAUGUCUGUUCUAUUUUCACAUAUUUGGGAGGUGUGGUCAGUCCCCUCUUGCAAGUCAUUAUUGGACCUGUGGAGGUUUUGCUCAGUUUUUGUUAAUAUGGUAAUUGUAUCUAUAACUUAUCUAAAAUAAGUUAUCUAAAUAAGAUGAGUUAUUUCAAUUUAAUUUUAUCUUACCUAAAAUAUCUACUCACUCUGCUUUUGAACUAUGACAAGAUGAUACUGCUGGUGAAGGGAGGAAAACAAAGCAUAGUGUGGAAUAAAAGAGAGAUUUCUCUCUUCCAUUGGUUGAAGCAAUUGAAAUGUAAAAGAUCAAAUUAUACUAUAAAGCUAGUAACUUAAAAUCGAUGUAUAUUAGUUUCCGUUCCUGCGAGCGUGCUAGGUGUUACUAGUUGAUGACUGAUGUGCUGUGCUAAGUUCUGCCAGCAGUGAAUUUAACACAGUCAGCAUCUGCUCUUGCACAUUAUCAAACUCAGGUCGCUGAAAACAAGCAUAUCAUAAAUAUUACUUGAGGUGAUGUAUAAUGUGGAUUUAUUCCUUUGACUAAAUGUAAUCUUCUUAGCAAAAGUUUUGUGUAGGUCACUGCAUCAACUGUCCCUACGUCAACAUUCCUUUAAGAUAUCAACCCCAGGUGUUUCAUCAACAUUGUUUAAAAAUCUGGUGAUGCAGUACAGUGUAUUACUGAUAUAUAAAAAUAUUAUACUAUAUUACUGUAGCAAUAUAAUUUGACCUAGUUGCAAUUAAAAUUUUGACAUACUGAGGCAAUUUUCUUGGGUUUUUUGAUUGAGUGGGAGGGGUUAAGGAUGGUAAUGCUACUUAUAAAAUUUGGAUACUCUUUUGCUCUGACUGUCUAAUAAAAGCUACAGAGUGGUUGAUAUAGACAUUAUAUUAUUUUUCUAAAUAACUGCAAUAUCAAAUAUUCUCCAGUUGAAUGCUGUCUUACUGUGCGCAACAUUCGCAAAUCUGCAGCAUGUGCUAGCCUUCCCCGCUGUCAGACUCCCUUGUCUAUUUUCCUAGAGAUGAUGCAAUUAAUAAAAAUGUUAAAUUCUGAGGGGAAAAAAUUGUAUAUAAUCAAUGCAGUCAAAUACUGUAAUUAAAAUCUUACUGAUGGGUCACAUUCUUGAAGUUAUUUCUGCUUUUGCUGUUAAUUCUGCAUCAGUUUAUAUUGGUUUAAUAUUCAACCAAUACAAAGUCAAAAGUAUGAUUUGGGGAAAUACUUCUGAAAAACAAUGAGAUAUCUUGAUUAUGAAAAGCAUACGUUCAAGGAGUCAGUCCUAUCGGUGACAGUAGGCAGCUUUUCUAAACAUAAACUAGAAUGAGAAGCAAAUCUGCUUUACUUCUCUUUGCCAUUAAAUGUAGUAGACAUGUGAGCAAGGCCUGUCAUAGAGACAAGAACCGAAGAGGAGAAUAAUAUGAGAAAUGGAUCUUUAUAUACUGGGUUCAUAAUUGCUUCACCAUCAUCAUAACAGCUAUGCCCUCAAACCAUGGGGCCAAACAGAACGACUCAGUGCAAGACCCAUUGGUGUAUCCAGGUUGGGACAAGGGAGAAAAUUACAGCACACAACGUACUGUAAUGGAUAGAAUUAUUCCUUCCAGAAAGAAUAGUGAUGAAAAAGACGCAUCCACUACAGCUGUUGCCUCUCCUGACGGUGUCCACCACGAAGACCGAACUCAGCCACCUCUGCCUUCAGAUAAUGCACCAGGACAGGGCACUGAAGGCAUUAUGCAUCCCACAGACGCCCCUGGGGAUGAGGUCCUCCACAGGACCACAGCUAGUACAAACAAAGCUGGCGAUGACGCUCCUCUGACGGGUACCAUCACAGCCUCCACGGGUGUUCUGAAACCAGAAGAUAUAACUCAAGAAGUGUGGGCACCUCACACCGUGGUAACAGCUGUUGCCUCUCCUGACGGUGUCCACCACGAAGACCGAACUCAGCCACCUCUGCCUUCAGAUAAUGCACCAGGACAGGGCACUGAAGGCAUUAUGCAUCCCACAGACGCCCCUGGGGAUGAGGUCCUCCACAGGACCACAGCUAGUACAAACAAAGCUGGCGAUGAUGCUCCUCUGACGGGUACCAUCACACAGUCCAUGGAUGAUGUUAAACAAGAGAAAGCAACCAAGGAGCCACUGGCACCUGGGUCUCCACCUGGAAGUGACAGUGAACAAGCAACUACCACAGAUGGUUCCCAUGUCGGUUGGAUACCUGGAGUUUUCCCAGACAUUGAAGAUCAUCUUAACCAAUUGCAGACCCCUCUUCCUACUAGCUCUACUCCCAGUAUAUAUAGUAAUCAAGGACCACACAAGGGACAUUAUGAAUCCACUACUUUCCCUGGAGAGACCACAACAACAAAAAUAGCUUCUCAACCAAGGUCAGCCCAGGUACCAGAAUGGCUGAUUGUAGUUGCUGCUCUUGUGGCACUUGCAUUGAUUCUUGCAGUGUGCAUUGCUGUCAACAGUCGGAGAAGAUGUGGGCAGAAGAAAAAGCUAGUGAUUAACAAUGGCAAAGGGGCAGUGGAGGACAGGAAGACAAGUGGAUUAAAUGGAGAUGCCAGCAAAUCACAAGAAAUGGUGCACUUGGUUCAUAAAGAACAGUCAAAUGAUCGAACAGGAGCAUGUGAUGAAUUCCUGACCGUUAAUGAAACACAAAAUCACCAGGAGCUUGACAUGAAGAGUGGCGUGUAAUGGUACCAAGUUGCUGAGUAGAUCAGAGCUGGGGAAAUCACAAUCACAUGGACCUUGGACAGGAAUUCAGCGAUGCACUGUGCUACUGAUGUGUUUUGAACAUAGUUAAGUUUUAUUCAUUUUUAAUCACUUUAAAAUUGUCUGAGUUAAAAAAUUGACAUUUGCUUCCUGAAAAAAGCCCCCAAGAGUUUUCAGUUCCCAGUUCCUGCACAGAGGACCCUCGCUGUGUCCUGGGUAUUAGGAGGGAUAAAAGUUUAUGUCAUUGUUCCCCAGAGGGAGGGUCUUACAGAAAUGUCUAGUCACUCCAUUUUACAGGCAUUUAAAGGUGCUAAACUUGCCAUGGUACAAGAGUAAGUAAGGAAAAAAUGCCGACAGCAAAAAUUAAGUUUAAACCAAAAAGUCCUUCUAUACAAUGUCUAAAACAUAGAAAUCCUUCAGAAAUGCCUUCCAGCCAGGAUGAGCAGUAGGUGCAUUCAAAGUAUAAAGAAAAAGUGACAUGUUAUGAUGAUUUAUGGCUUGGUCUGCAAUGAGGUAAACCCAGAAGGAUAAAAUCUAUUUAUCUCUCUUUUAAAUGUUUGUGGCCAUAUAGCAAGUAAGUGUUCUAGGGAGGGGGAAUACACAGAUGAAAACAUGAGAGAAUAAAUAAUAAACAUCUAUAUUUUAUUAUCCUAACAAUCUGUACAGUUAUCCUUGAGUUUUUCAAGUGUUCAUUGAUCUUCCUCCCCUCUCCUUCAUUGGUCACAGUUUGUGCAUGUUUUCAAUGAGGAUGUUUCAUGUUUUCUGUUAGGAUAAUGAAUAAAACAGAAUGACACCAGCUCUAUCACACAUGCACAAAUCAAGCUAUUGGAGAUCGUUAGGGAAGAUGACAGUAUUUUAUUCCUGAAGAAUAUGUCUCCAUCUUCUUCUGCUAUUUUACUUAGGAGAUGCUGAGCCUUGUAAAACUUGUUUCCCCUGUAACUAUUAUGUUACACCAGUUUACUGGGAUUUAAGAAGUUGCCUUUCUAUGAUCUUGCUCAGUUUGCCUGAAUUCUAUUUCAUCCAUAGUUUUCCCGCUGCUUUUUAAAAAUACCAAAAGAAACAUUACUUGCUUAUUGGUACCAGAAGCUCAAAUUCAAUAGGAAACAUCAAAGAAAAUAAAAGGAAACUCUUCUAGCCAUGUAAUAUAGUAAAGUAACUGCAGCUGCAUUGUCAUAUGCUUUUGUUUGUCCUUAUGUGUCUGUUAUGUAAAGUAUUUGUAUUAAGCUAUGAUGCUGUGCAUUAUAUUUGUAUGAGUUGUCAGAAAGAAAAUUAUUUACUGCCAGUGGUCUGUGCCAUUUUUAAGAAAGUGUAUUGGAAUAGACAGGGAAUGCUAACUUCUAAUCGGGCUGCCCCUGGAAAAUGCAAGUAAAAACCAUCUACGGUAAUUGUAACCAGUGAUCUGUGCCAGUUGUAGCAGGGUUGGUCAGAUGUUCCUGUUCCCUGACCACAGCACCUGUCUUUGAAAAUGUUCCGCUAAAGCAUGUUAUUUUAUGUUCUGUGUCUGAAGCGAUUUGAAAGACGAGUGUUCAGCUGGCUAAAUACUAGCGUUAGCUAGCACUGGUCUUUACUGGAACAUAAAGCACAAGACUGUUGAUCGUAUUUCUCACUUGCAUCCCUCCAGCAGUUUCCCAUGUGUUUCAUUGAGUUGCUCAGUGCCUUAGUAUCUGCAGGCAGAUCUCAGGGGCAGUUUAUGCCUGGGCAAAAGUCCCAAGACGAGGUGUGAUUUUAAAGUACACGUAGGAAGGUUUUGGAAGGUUUUGGACUUUAUGUAGGUCAGCAUGUCUCAGCUAUGAACAGUCACGCAGCUCGUGGUCCAAGCUAAUGGGGUCAACAUGAUUUUACAUCAGUACUCGUGGUCCACUGUCAAACUUCUCAGUCGUUUCAUGUAUUUUCAUACUGAACUGUGUAGUGGGAAGUUUGUUGACUCUGUGUUGAUUUUUUUGUUUAAUUCCUGUAAUGUUUUUAAGCAAGCUUUCCUAUUUGUCAUUAUAAGUCAAAAUGAUCUGUUGAAGGCUGUGUUUAAACUGGUGUUGGGCACUCAUUUCACUAAGUAUGGAGAUCCAGAGUAUGAAUUCUUCCUUUCUUUAAACCCUAAUUGAAUAUAGGUCUCAAUCAAAAGGAGACAUUUCAUUGUCUUAGGGGCUAUUUUUUCUUUAAAAGAAAAAAGAAAGAUGUGGCAUGUAUUUUGUCUCCCUAUUCAGAUGCUUAACGGCGAAAUCCACAAACUCCUUGCCAAUUUAUCUAAUGUUCAGUAGCUAUAAAUGCACAGACAACACUGAUUGGCUUCUUUUUAUAUUUUUAAACAGGAGAUGCUCAAGUUGUCUUUAAAGAGGUGAUGCCGUAAUUCUAUAUAUGCUGAUUCUUUUUAGAUUGUCAUCUGAUUCAUGUGUAAUUGUUUCAUUAUAGUUUCAAAACUAGAUGGCCAUUUCAUGUGUAAAAUAGUACAUAUUUUUAUUAAUCUUGAUUUUAUUAUUUGAGGGGUUGUUUGUUGUGUGUAUGUAUUUUUUUUUAUAGAGAGCACUUGAUAUAUUUGCAUAUUUAUUUAACAGAUUAAUCAGAAUGAAAGAAAAUAUCAUCUCUAAAUUGUAACUAGAAAUAGUAUUGCUGAAACCACAUUGAACUGUAAAAUAAGCCAAAAAUAAACUUGAUUCCACAUUGAGGGUAAAAAGUAAGACUGGCAUUAUUAGUGGGAGAGACCAGGCUGGACC